ACUUCUCUGUGUUUGUGUUCCAGGACCCUGAACGCAUGCCAUGGCCGACGAGGAGGCCUCGGCCUCGGGUGCAGAGGUCGACCCUGGAGACCCGGGGUCAGAGUCCGACCGGUCUCUCGGCGAUCCUGCGGUGACCGAGCUUCCGGACAGGGAUAAAAGCGACGGCCAGGACGACACAGAUGAUGAUACCCAGGAUGUCGACCCGGCUGGUGGAUCCCGCAACAAGACUGUCACGCCAGAGCUUGUCUGGAGCGGGGAAGACUCGAAGACCCAGGACGGUGCCCAGAGCGAGACUCAGCAAGACGCGGUAAACGAAACCCAGAUUGACGAUGGAGAAACGCAGCACGUCUCCCUCCGAGGACCACGAGACAGAGGUCGCCGUGGCGGGCCUCGCAAGAAGAAGAAGAAGAUCACGUCGGAGUCGGUCCCGACCAGUGAAGAAGACUCGAGUGCCGAGGACGGAGCUCAGGAUGACGGUCCGGAUGAUGCACCCCCCAAUGACAACGAGCAGGUUGCGCCGGAGCUUGUCUGGAGCGGCGAAGACUCCAACACCGAGGGCGGCGACCAGGAUGCCACACAGGACUCUCAAGAUCACUCCCCCAGCUCCGCGCAAGAGGCCGUAGACGAAGCCGACGACGAGAGCGUGGAGAGUAGUAGAAGCAGCAACGACAGCGAUAGUGAUUACGACGUGCCUUACCCGAGCCCGAGGAGGACGAGGCAGCAAGCUUCUCGAGGUGCAGCACGCGGUGGCAGGUCUCUCAUCCCUGAGAAGAAUGUUUCGGUCAAGGAAGAGCCGGAGAGUGAGGUGGAAGUGGGGCUUCGUCUGGGUUACAGGAUCCUUCAAGAUCUUUUGAAUACAAACUCAACUUUUCUCCAUUACCCAGAAGCCAAAAAAGGGAUGAUAGAUUAUCAUGAUGUGAUAGAAAAACCAAUGUGGUUUGAAGAAAUUCAAAGGCGUUUUGACAAUAAUGAGUACCUGACUAUAGUUGAUUUUGUGAAGGAUGUCAGACUGUUGUUGUUAAAUACAUACCGUUAUUUUGGGCCAGACGCACUUUACACAAAAAGAGCACUUCGCAUUGAGCAAGUGUUUGAAAACAAACUUGGCUUGUCUAGGCUUCCUCUAGAAUUAAAAAAACAGUGUUCAUUGAUGUCUACACAUGGCAUUAAAACAGAUGAUACUGAAAGUGAAGGAAGUAGUGUGCGUAGAGCUGGGGAUUUUCUAUCUUAUCUGCUUGAAAGUGUGAAAGAAGAAAAAGAGCAAAGGGAUAAGAGCAAAAAAGACCUUCUCAGUAAAGAAAGGAAAUUAAAUAAAGAGGGUAAAGGGAAAGAAAUUUGUCAAUGGGAGGUUGAUGUUUUACUUGCUCCACCUGCUAUCACACAGAUGAAAACAAUGUGGGAG